UUGUCCUAAGAAAAACAAAUUUUUCUAACAAAGUCUGUCUUUUGCAAACUUAGUUUGAAGAAGAAAAACAAAAGAUGGAAGAGAGCAGAAGAACAGAACAAGUUGUAUUUUUGCAGAAGUUGAAAAGAUUGAUCGUGUCUUUUGUUUGUUGUCUACCAAUGUCUCUUCUCGGUCUUCUUAUCAUGCUUCUCUUAAUCUACAACAGUUUCUCUGUCUUCUCUCUUUAUCUUGAUCCAAUCCCACCCAUUAAACCCACUCCUUCACUUUAUCAACACCAAGUUCUUCAUCAUCAUCAUCCAUCAAUAUCAUUACCAUCAACAGAAACACUAACAUCAUCAUCCAAGUCAGAUUCUUCACUGUUGCUUGCAGUGAAAGAAACCUCUUCAGGGCUCGUACAGAAGCCAAAAGGAAAAUCAAGAGAGAGUUUCAAGACGAGGAUCAAGUCAUUCUUGUCCAAAUCCUCCUGUGAAUCCCUCUUCUUCAUGACUUGGAUCUCUUCCAUCGAAUCUUUUGGUGAUAGAGAAUGGUUCACAAUAGAGAGUCUCUUCAAAUCCCACCCAAAUAGCUGUUUGAUCUUGGUCUCGAACUCAUUUGACUGUGAGAGAGGAACUCUAAUCUUGAAACCCUUUACGGACAAAGGGCUUAAAGUGCUUGCGAUUAAACCGGACUUCACUUACAUCUUCAAAAACACAUCAGCAGAGAAAUGGUAUGAAAGAUUGAAGAAAAGAAUGUUCAGUCCAGGUGUGAUUCCAUUAGAGCAAAACCUUUCUAACCUUCUAAGAUUAGUCUUGCUCUACAAAUACGGUGGAAUCUACUUAGACACAGACUUUAUAGUCCUCAAAUCUCUCACCAACCUCCACAACGUAAUCGGAGCACAAGCAGUUGAUGUGGUCACAAGAAAAUGGAGCAGGCUCAACAAUGCUGUGCUCAUCUUUGACAAGAACCAUCCUCUCCUUGAGAAGUUCAUCAACGAGUUCUCAAGAACCUUCAACGGUAACAGAUGGGGUCACAAUGGUCCAUACUUAGUAUCCAGAGUUGUUGCGAGAUUCAAUACUUCUUCCUCGGAUUUGGGAUUCUCUGUUCUUCCACCAUCUGCGUUUUAUCCGGUGGAUUGGACUAAAAUCAGCAGGUUUUACAGAGCGUCUGCGAAUGAGAGCGAGGUGAAUUGGUCGAGGAAGAGGCUUAUGCAUUUGCGUAAACAUAGCUUUGCUGUUCAUCUUUGGAACAGAGAGAGUAAGAAGCUUAGGAUUGAAGAAGGAGGCAUCAUUCAUCAACUCAUGUCUGAUUCUUGCAUCUUUUGUAACUCUUCUUCUUUACAUUCUACUUAUUAAAAACCGUGUAUAGUAAGUUUCUACAAGAGAAAGAGAGAGAG